AUGAAGCUUUUCUUCAGUCUACUACUCGGAUCAUGCUCUUUAGCUCAUGGCCUAGCAACAAGCCCAAGUCUUGUCAAACGCGAUACCGGUCCAAAAUAUCGCAUAUCACCUAUUGACGGUUCCAAGAUCGCACUGCCAACGAAGGAACAAUUAGUAUGGCAGGAUAAAGAAAUUGGUGUGAUUAUCCACUUCGAAAUCGCCACCUACCUCAGUGUCGACGGCUGCAAUAACAUUCCAAACCUUCUGCCCAAUGUUUCUCUGUUUGAUCCUACCUCAUUGGACACAGACCAAUGGGUGGAUACGAUCAACUCGCUGAGCGCAAAAUAUGCCACUUUAGUUGCAAAGCACAACUGUGGAUUCACGACAUGGCCGAGCGAAGUGACCUUUGAGACCCGAGAUAACGAGACAAUUCAUUACAAUUAUACGAUCGCACAGUCUCCCGUUCAUGGAAAGGAUGUGGUGAAGAGCUUUGUUGAGUCGGCUGAUAAAGGAGAUAUUGGCUAUGGAUUCUACUACAGUCUCAUGUGGAACAACUUCUUGAACGUGCAGAGUGGAGAUGUGAUCACAAGCUCUUGGACUCCUGGACAGGUCAAUAUCACCAAUUCAACAUAUAAUCAAGUCGUGCUGGACCAGUUGACGGAGUUGUGGACACAGCAUGGUAAUUUGACUGAGAUCUGGUUCGAUGGUGGAUACACUGAGACACAGCAGGCAAAAAUCCAAAGUCUCCUAGAGACCCAGCAGCCAGGGGCAGUUGUCUUCAACGGAUGCCAGACAAAUGGAACCUGCAUUUCUGCAAAUCCUGUACGAUGGAUUGGGACGGAGGCUGGAGCAGCCCCUGAGGAAAAUUGGUCAAGUGGCUUGACCAACGACGGAGGGGAUCCACAAAGUCCAUACUUCUGCCCGGCCGAAUGCGAUACAACGCUACAAACCGGAGAUCGUUGGUUUUACGGUGUCAACCAGACUCUUCGCUCGCUCGAGGAGAUGAUCGACGUCUACCACAACACAGUCGGUCGCAACUGCGUUCUAGAAUUGGACCUUGCUCCUGACCGCAGUGGCCUCGUUCCCUCUAACCAAGCUGCCCGCUACAAAGAAUUAGGAGACUUCAUCAGGUCCUGCUAUGGGAAUCCCGUCGCUCACAAAGUUUCUCGAAAUGACAAUGGCGUCUACUCAUUCACUUUCAAGAAGCCCACUCCAAUCGAUCGCAUCGUUCUAAUGGAGGAUCAGACGAAUGGCCAGGUAAUUCGAUCUUACCAGGUGUAUGCCAAGAUCGCAGAUUCUCAAACCUCCAAUGGCCAUGUGCCAUAUACCCUCAUCUCCAACGGCACCAGUGUGGGCCACAAAAAGAUUGAUAUAUUCAACGAGACCAUCUCUGUUACCGAGGUCAUGGUCAAUUCUACUUACGUGGAUACACCCAAGUGGCGGUCGGUUACUGUCCACCUAUGUGAUAAGUGA